AUGCUUGAAAGUGAACAGUCGACUCUUCGGAAUGUCGCCUCGUUACUUCGAGAGUUUCCAGAUGAAAAAGCUGACUUUGAAGCUGUUAUCGAAGGUUUAAAUUUCAUUGUCAUCAAUUCUUCGCAAGAUGAACACUACCGUCACUCAUUAGCAUUUUCAAGUUUAAUAUGGGAGACCAUAAGAGACUGUACGGGUCACUCUGGCGUAUGUGAGUUCUUCAACCAAAUGCCUGAGCUUCGAUUCUGGUAUUUAAGAGUUUUGCGAGGUAUUAUACUACUAGCGAGAAACCUGUGUGUCGAUAACCAUGAGCUUCCAGAACGCCUCAUGCUUCGAGAGAAAUUUGUAAAGACAUUCAACAGCUUUAGCACUGAAUUUCAAUAUGAUGAGGUAGAAGUUGCGCUAUUCAAAACGCUCUUGGAGUUUUCUUGCAAUGUAACAACCAAAUCUGUGACUUUUGACAAGUCAACGAUCCAAGACACUACAAUUUUUCUGUGUUAUCCUAUUGACAAGAUCAAUGACGAGAACCUUUUUGUAUCGUUCGCCCUACUACUGCGCAAUUUGACUACCCAUGAUGAUUUUGUAUAUUACUUUCUCAAAUCAGAUAAGGCGGUCAGGAUUCUUCACGAUUUCCUGCUUCGCGAUAUAUCUCAGAGCAAUAGUCAACUAACCAGCAUCAUAGAGAAUAGGGCUCAUGAACAUGUUGAACUCUCACCGUUAGAUAAUUUGGUAGCGUCUGUUUUCCUGAAUGUCUGCUGCCACGAAUCAUUUGCACCAUUUCUAAUCCACGUAGAAACAUCUAACCCAGAAAUGUUUCUAAGGUUUCUCAAUAUCGCUCAUCUGCUCACUACAAGUUUCGAGUCAUGGAAUCAGUUCCAACUUACCGGUAUCAUGACUUGGUGUUUUAGGCUACUUGAAUCGCUAGUAGAAGAGAUAAAGUCCUACUUCAGCGAAAAGGGAGAGGACGAAGCUCACGCCAAGCUUCUUCACAGCAGGCUGCUGAUAGUUCUCGACAUUCUUACUACCUUAGCUCAAUACGAGCAUGUUCGCAAGUUUAUCUUAUUUUACAAUGGCUUGGAGUUACUGAUAGAAUUGUUGCACCUUUUCCAAGAGAAGCUUUUGAGGGUGAACGUUCAAAAGCUCACGAAGAAGGCUGGCAUAAGCGCAACAAACGGCAGGGGUGAAAAGAUCAUUGACCUCACCUUGAUAUCAUCUCGUGUUGAUCCCGAUACAGGAUCUAUCAAAGCAACUAACUUCCCAGAGUGUAAGCUGCUGAUAAUAGAAAUUCUCAGCUUCCUGAUAUACAACAACAAAGAUGUCCAAGACAAAGUUCGAGAACUGCAGGGGUUGGAAGCUGUACUCAGUAAUUGUGUUAUUGACGACAAUGAUCCAUUUAUCAAAGAAAGAAGCAUUACGUGCAUAAAAGUAUUACUUCAAGACAACGUAAAGAAUCAAGCUAUUGUAGCCCAGCUUGAGUCCAAAACUGCAGUCCAAGACGAUUCCUUGUCUUCUGCCGGUUAUCAAAUCGAUGUGGAUGAUAACGGGAAAAUUCGGCUGGCACACCCUCAGGGCUCCUAA